AUGGAUGCCAUAGAUUUAGUAGUGGAUCCGCUCAUAGAGUUCUCCAAGGACAGCAUUCGACUCGUCAAGCGGUGCCGCAAUCUUGAUCACAAGGAGUUCGUAAUGAUGGGAUUUGUUGGGUUCUUCAUGAAGCUGAUCUUCAUCCCCAUCAACAACAUCAUUGUUGGCAGGGGCGGAGCUACAGCCAGGCCUGCCAUGGCCCUGGCCCCCCACUUAAUUAUUAAUCUCUUGUAA